ACAAACUACACACCCUUAACGCGUCUCCGCUUUCUCUCUCUUUUCCUUAAUAAGCGCUUCAAAAAUCUGCUCUCUCUCUCUCUCUAGUCUCUACUAGUUCAGACAAGUUCAAACUCCAGAACCAAAGACGACAGUCACGACACCCCCACCCCCCAGCGAAAUGUCCGAUCGUUUCCGUCACUUCGUCACCGUUUUGGUUCUAUUCGCCGUUUUACCAUUCUUGGCCGCUCAGUCUCCUUCGACGGGCGCUAAUUCGUGCAACGGCGUAUACUUGUCCUACACUUACAGCAGAGGAACAAAGCUCAUGCCAAAUCUCACGUCGGAUCUGAGCCAGCAGCCCUACCGUUUCGAGUCCGAUUUGACCGUGCUCAACAACGGGCUCGUGGAGCUUAAGUCUUGGAAGGUCUUCGUGGGGUUCAAGCACGGCGAGUACUUGGUCUCUGCCUCCAACGCCGUUCUGUCCGACGGCACCAGACUCCCCGGUAGCGUCGAGAACGGAACCGUUUUCUCCGGGUACCCGAUGACGGACCUCAAAACGGCGGUGGAGACCGCGGGGGACUUGACCCAGAUUCAAGUCCAGGUCCACCUGGUGGGGACGCAGUUCGGUGUUGCUCCACCUGAGAUUCCGUUGCCCUCUAACAUUUCGCUUGCCAAUGAUGGUUGGCUUUGUACUAGCUCAUCUGCAGAAGGGAAUGUUACUGAAGUUUGUUGCACGCAAGACCCGAGUGCUAAAUCAAACAUGACUGUAGAUGAGGAGUUCCUGCCUCGCCAGAGUGGUGACCUUACUAUUAUGUAUGAUGUGAUCCAAACAUAUGAGUCGAACUACUUGGCACAGGUCACACUCUCAAACCAAAACUCUCUUGGCCGUCUCGAUAACUGGAAAUUGAGCUGGGAAUGGACAAGAGGCGAAUUCAUCAAUGCGAUGAAAGGGGCAUAUCCAUCUGUUGUCGAUUCUUCUGAAUGCGUAUUCGGCGCGCAAGGUGCAUAUUACCAGGAAUUAGACUUCUCCACUGUAUUAAAUUGUGAAAGAACUCCAACCAUAAUUGACCUGCCUCCAACCAAGUACAAUGACACGAUCCUUGGUUUGACCCCGUAUUGUUGCCGAAAUGGUACGAUCUUGCCACGAGAGAUGGACCCAAGCAAGUCAAUUUCUGCAUUCCAGGUUCAAGUGUAUAAAAUGCCACCAGAUCUCAAUCGAUCGCUGCUUAUUGCACCAGUGAAUUGGAAGAUCAAAGGUACACUCAACCCUGAUUAUCAAUGUGGCCAGCCAGUGCGGGUGAGUCCUAGCCAAUUUCCAGAUCGAAGUGGCUUACCAGUAAAUUCAACUGCAAUUGCCAGUUGGCAGGUCGUCUGCAAUAUAACACAUCCCAAGGGAGAAAGCCCCAAAUGCUGCGUCUCAUUUUCAGCAUACUAUAAUGAGUCUAUCAUUCCAUGCAAAACUUGUGCAUGUGGGUGCCCUAGUAACACAGCUCGUACUUGUAGUUCAACAACUCCAGCUAUGCUUCUUCCAUCAAAUGCGCUUCUUUUGCCUUUUGAAAAUCGGACUGCCUUGGCCACAGCUUGGGCUGAACUUAAUCAUCAACCAGUACCAAACCCGAUGCCCUGUGGAGAUAACUGUGGGGUCAGUAUUAACUGGCAUUUGUACACAGAUUACAAUAACGGAUGGAGUGCAAGAAUCACGAUAUUCAAUUGGGAUGAAACUACCUUUGCUGAUUGGUUUGCUGCAGUGCAGUUGGACAAGGCAACACCUGGUUUUCAGGCAAUGUACUCAUUCAAUGGAACAACCUUGGCCUUAAAUGGAGUCAACAAUACGAUAUUCAUGCAGGGUAAUCCUGGAUUAAAUUAUCUUGUGGCAGAAACAGAUGCAGCUAACCCAGAAAGGGAUCCCAGGGUGCCUGGUAAACAACAGUCUGUGAUCUCCUUCACUAAGAAAAAGACCCCUGGAAUUAGUGUGACUAAUGGAGAUGGGUUUCCCACUAAAGUAUACUUCAAUGGAGAGGAGUGUUCAUUGCCUUCAGUAUUUCCAACCGGUGGUGGGAAUAGAAGGGGUCCACUUAUACUUCUUUCAGUCCUAGCGCUUCUGUCCAUGUUCAUAUAGCAAUAGCCGGGGAAUAAGGGAACUUGGGGCAUUGUUGGGUUCUGUAUUUGUUGCUGAUUUUUUUAUUCGUUGGGUGAUUAGGUUGAUAUUGCUUAACCAGGAGAUUUGGCAGUUUCUUCCUCGACAGAAGAGGUGUACACUAUAAUUAUUAUACAUAUGGUACCUUUUUUUUAUUUUUUGGCAAAGGAGAUUUUAUCAAAAGGUGUAACUCAAGUUCUUAAAAGGUGCAGAAGGUAUAAGCUCAAGUACUUUCACUAUGGUGAGAAGGGAAAUGAAAACAAUUACGAGCAAGUAUAAAGCGAGCAGGAAUUUUAUAUUU